CCCUCCUUCACAACCAACCCACCCGACUGCACUCCACGCGCACCGUUAUUUCCGCCUCGAGCCCUGAUCUACCCGUAACCAGCCACUGCUGCACCCCGACCCGGGUGUGUCUACGGCUGACUGCUGGUCCACAUUACUUCUUCUUCUCCUUGCCGUACUUCUUCUUCGUCAUCUUCGCCUUCACCAUCAUCAUCAUCGGGGUCCGCUGAUCCCCUAACCGCCCACCAUGUCUAUCCGUGCGCUUCGAGACGCCGAAAACGUCUUUCGGAUAGAGAAGCGAUGCAAGCUGUGCGAGCAAGCACCACUGUCCUGCGAGGGCAUCAAGUGCCCAGCCAACCAGGUCUGUGUCCAGAACUCGCGAACAUGCGACGAGUGCGCCUCCGUCAACUGCCAGGUCGACCCUACCAUUGCUCCACCUGAGCCUAGCAAGCCAAAUGUCGGCGCCAUUGCCGGCGGUGUCAUUGGAGGUAUCCUACUCGUCGCCAUUCUCACAUUCGUAGUUUGGAAGUACUGCCUCAAGGGCAAGAGGAGGCCCAUUUCCCAGCAACCCGAAUGGAACGAUGUCGACGUUAUCGAGCAAGAAAAGGACAACGACUUCGAGUCACGCCGCAGCGCUCGCGCAUCUACACACACCGUCGCUUCCAUGGCCUCGUCCGUCCUCACUCGCGCCUCAAACAUUAUCCAAAUCGCUUACAUUCCUGGCGUCACCAACCGCUCGGGCAACCCCGGAUCUCCCGACCUGCUUGUUCCUCCCGUCCCUCCGAUCCCCUCCAUGUCGCCUUCGUCGGGCAAGAGCAGCCCCUACUCGUCUGCCGAUCAGCACUUCUUCGUCCCCGACUUCCGCGACUCCAUGAUGUCUUCUAGUACUGCCGGCCGCACCAGCAUCGCACCGAGCCUUGCCCAACGAGGCAGCGUCGCCUCGACCAUGUACCGCCAGAACGCCAUUGUCUCUCCACUUCCUGCUCAGACCAUUGUGCGUGGCAAGGCCGCCGUUGUUAGUGUAAAGUCGACGGGAUCGAACAGCCCAGGAGAAACACCCACCCAAACACCACCAGUACCCUCAAUCGACCCCAAGCACUCUCUUAAGCCUAUUCGCAUCCAAAUGCCUGGUAUCAGCCCAGCAAACUCCGUCCGUAGCACCGCUCAGCUCGGCCCAGUCAAGGCCCUCCAUAUCACCAAGAAGAAGAGCUCUGAGACUACCCCACCAAAGAGCUCAAGCUCAACCACGGAUACCGAACGAACCCUAGUCAACACACCCGAGCGUCGCACCUCAGCCGGACGACCUCUCACUGCUAGUUCCACGCUCUCAUCCGACGAUGGCAGGGAACACUCACACGCACGUAGAGGAAGCCUGGCAUCAGACACUGAAGACGAAGAGGACAACCACACACGCGCAAACCAGACACUUCUUGGUAAAUCAGCCAACCGCGAUUCCGAUAUGACGGAAUUCCAAGACACGACUCCCCAUAUGGAUAACAGCCCUUUUUCCGACAACUCAUCGCUCGAUAACCUACGACCCAUGAUGUCUCAACGCAUCACAUCAUACGACCCGUCGUCUGGCCUCCGCACCCCAAUGACACCCAUUGUCGAAGAGUCAUCCGCUUCGAAGCGAGGCAGUACAGUCUCCAACCGAAGGGAUACCAGCCCCUUUGCAGACACCAACCGAAGUGAACUGUAAUCGAUCUUUUUUUCGAUUCUUUUCACACUGGGUGGGACUUGAUGUCACGGGUCGACAUUGAACCCAGCAAGGCUGGGCCGAGCGAAAAAUAUCUUCUUGUCCUAGUGUUUUUUGUGUUCUUCAUUCUACGAAAUCAAGGGGUCUAGGGACAAUGUGUAUGGACCGAGGUCUGGCAUCUCGGAUGCCGUUAUUUCGCUCUCUUGCUCUCUUUCUCCCUUCAUCCUGUUUUGGAUAUACCCCUUCUUCUUUUUCUGCGCGCGCUCCCUCUGUCUUAUGUAGACGUGUGCCUCAGUGUGUGUGUGUGUGAGUGUCUUCAAACCUUCUCCCCGUUCAUUGAUAUCCCAAGGAUCUUUGCUUGUUGCUUCUUUUUUUUCU